CGCGUGUUCUACUGGCGACGUUCUCUUGCAUGCGUUGAAUGCGAUCGAUAUCGACGGCGCCGAGCUGAAAUUCGAUAAGCAGAAGGUUACGGCCACUCUUGCUGCUCUGCAGUCGCACUCUGACUUAGCAUCGUUCUCAGGCUUUUUCUACUUGUUGUUGUUGGUGAGGAAGUUUCUAGAGCUAUCUUAUGACGCUACUGCCAACGAGAACGAUGUGAGUGCCGCGCUCUAAGAAGAAGCACCGCAGGAAGCGAUACAGCCAGAAGUCUACGGAGCUGCGUGAUAUUUCACUGAGGCGCGGGGUUUUCAAGGUAAAGAUGGACUGCGGCGAUGCAGCGACCACAACCGGCCGUCUGUCCCCACCUGCGCCACGACGUUUGCGCAAAUUAUGACUAGUUUUUCACUUUGCUGCGUUCGCCGAGAAUGCCCCCGCCAAUUCAUGAGCGACGGCACCAUGGGAACCCUCGCCGACAGGCUCCGCGCGGCGUCGGCGUGGUUUACUUGAAUCACCAGAGUGAAAAACUACCACUAAGCCACGAGGAUUUGGCGGCCGAUG